GAUGUGACAGCGGAUAGGCUACACACCCGGAAACAGUCGGGUUUGUCAAGCCAGCUGCUUGUGCUUCUGAAGAAAUAGGACAUUUACAAAUGAAUUGUUGUGACAAGGCUUGUUUUUAAUUAGCAGACAGUUAAACUGCAGACAGCCGAGCCGCCCGGGUAUCGGUCCCCGUGAGGAAGAAGGCAGCGGUCGAUAGCUGCCUCCUGCCAACCGGACGCCUGUCACCUGUUUGUUUGUCGCUGGGCGCUGGAGUUCGUUAUGGACGCCGAGGCGGACGGUCUGGUGGAGGUGUCGGAGGACGGCGACCCCAGCCGGAGGCGUCGGGUGCACGGCAUGCUGAAGCUCUACUACGGGCUGAACGAGGAAGGCAAGGCCGAGGAGGAGCAGGAGUCCCUGGAUCCCUGCGACAUCAACGGGCCUCACUUCGACCCCGAGCACUACCUGAACAAGCUUAGAAGAGAGUGCUCUCUUGCGGAGCUGAUGGACCAAGAGACCUGCAUGGUCAAACAGAUACGCUCACUGGACAGUGACAUGCAGACGCUGGUGUAUGAAAACUACAACAAGUUCAUAUCUGCUACAGACACCAUAAGAAAGAUGAAGAAUGACUUCAAAAAGAUGGAGGAUGAAAUGGACUGCCUGUCUGCUAACAUGGCUGCAAUCACAGAGUUCAGUGCUUGUAUCAGUGGUACUCUCCAAGACCAGCAUGCACAGAUUACAAAACUCUCAGGAGUUCACACUCUGUUAAGGAAGCUGCAGUUUCUGUUCGAACUGCCUGCUCGAUUGAACAAGUGUCUGGAGCUGCAGGCCUAUGCUCAGGCAGUGAACUCCCACCGCCGUGCCCGCUGUGUGCUGCGGCAGUACAGCCACCUGCCCUCCUUCAAGGGGAUUCAGGACGACUGUCACGCCAUCAUGGACAAGCUGGCGCAGGAGCUUCGACAGAAGUUCAGGGACGGUGGAUCAAGCGCCAAAGAUUUAGCACAGUGUGUGGAGCUGCUGUUACAGCUGGACGAGCCAGCGGAGGAGCUCUGCGAUAAAUUCCUGAGCCAUGCACGGUCUCGUCUUGAGUCGGACCUUCAGGGUCUGGAAGCGGAGAUAAGACCGUACCCCUCUGCCCCAGCUGUGAAAGAUGUUCCUGCACGCAGGUCAACAUCAAUUGCAGGCGCUGGAUCUCCAGCCGAUCUCUCGCCUAAAACGAGCGCUCUACCAUCGCCCACCUCAAACACUGACAUCCUGGAGUUCAUCGACCGAGGCUGCAAUGAAUUCGUCAGCAGCUUGUGUUUAGUAAUUGCAUCCUAUCAAGAGCUUUUUAUCAACCAUGCUCAGGCUGGAGAGCUCGCAUCCAAAAAUAUCCCACAGAUGGCAAAUGGCAAGCUGCAUGCCUUCGUGGAUGACCUGGCAGCUCGGUAUUUCUCGCUCGUGGAGCGGAGGAUACAAGAGGAGAAAGGAGUCGGAGAUAACUCCCUCCUGGUCCGCGCACUCGACCGCUUUCACCGCAGACUUCAGGCUGUGGCCAAACUGCUGCCGGGCUCUCCUGUGCCAAACAAAGGGAUUGAGAUUGUGAUACGGGCGGCGACGGAGCGAGUCAAGCAGUACCUCGCCGCUCUGCAGAGCUUCUACAUGGACAGCUUGACAGACGUGCGGCAGGCCCUGGCAACACCGCGGCUCUCUGUGGCUGGUGCUUCAGUGGCCGGAGGCGGAGCUCUCCACGGGGGGCCGGCAUCUGGCAGAGAUGCGCCGACCAGCCUGCCAGAGCUGCUAUCGUCUUUGUCGGCCUCCAUUCUCAAUCAGAUUAAGUCCGUGCUGGCAUCGGUGCAUCUCUUCACGGCUAAGGACAUUACAUUCUCCAACAAGCCUUACUUCAAGGGUGAAUUCUGCAGUCAGGGUGUACGUGAGAGCCUGGUGGUGAAUUUUAUAAAGUUUGUGUGCCAGUCUUCUCGCCAGUUCUGUGAGAGCGCAGGAGACAAAGGCGGUUCAACACCUCCAGUGCUCCUGUUGCUGCUGUCUCGCCUCUGCCUAGACUAUGAAACCUCGACUAUCUCCUACAUACUCACGCUCACGGAUGAGCAGUUCCUUGUGCAGCACCACAGCCCUGUAACACCCGUCACAACUUUAUGUGAAGAAGCCAGGGAGGCAGCACAGAAACUAUUGAAUCAUUAUGUCAAGGUUCAGGGCUUGAUUAUCUCCCAGAUGCUAAGAAAGAGUGUCGAAACACGAGACUGGGUUAACACCAUCGAACCACGAAAUGUCCGCGCUGUGAUGAAGAGGGUAGUGGAGGACACCACCUCAAUUGAUGUGCAGGUCGGGCUCUUGUAUGAAGAAGGUGUGAGGAAAGCACACAGCAGCGACUCAAGCAAAAGGACCUUCUCUGUGUACAGCAGUUCUAGACAGCAAGCACGUUAUGCUGCCAGCUACACUCCGAGCGCUCCCAUGGAUACCAAUCUGCUGAGCAACAUCCACAAGCUUUUUUCCGAGAGGAUUGACAUCUUCAGUUCAGUGGAGUUCAACAAGGUCUCUGUGAUGACGGGAAUCAUAAAAAUCAGUUUGAAGACAUUCCUGGAGUGUGUCCGCCUGCGCACCUUUGGCCGCUACGGGCUGCAGCAGAUCCAGGUGGACUGCCACUACCUGCAGAUGUACCUGUGGCGCUUUGUCUCCGAUGAGAACCUGGUGCACUUCCUGCUGGACGAGAUAGUGUGCAGCUCCGCUCAUCGCUGCCUGGAUCCCGCCCCGAUGGAGCAGAGCGUGAUCGAAGUCAUCUGUGAACGAGGUUAAGGGUCAGACUGCAGCGCGGCCGAUGGUUAACGCAAAGCAACACGUCGCAAAAACUGAUGUGAAUAGUGCAUUUUACUAACACAAUUAUUGUUCAUGUCAAAUUUAUUGAUCGGACUGAGUCUAAAUUAUACUGUAAAUGUACUUUUGUGCACACACUCUCUAUACUCCUGUCACUAGUCAGCUAAACCUCAGUUAUCACCAUCCUUAAUGAAAGAAUGGCUGAACUCUGCAUUCUCAGUGUAUUCUCUUGUGUUUGAAAACACCAACUGACAGAGACUUUGGGAAAAAUCUAAUAUUGCAUUCCAGGCACUUGCCUUACAAAGAGCAUGACAAGCCUCUGGUGCUUUGAUUUGAUGUUUAAGUUGUUAUUUACAAAUCAGUAAACUAUUAGAGGCGGAGGCCCAUGUAUCCAUGUAAAAAAGUUGAACUUUUAAGCAUACUGUAUGUUCCCAUUGAAGGAAAUGUGUGAAACAGAAUGUGAACGAUUUAUAGUUUUGUCUGGAGGAAAUAUUAUGUAUUGAUAGGUAUUUGGGCAUAUUUUGCGAAUGUCAUCCGAUUGGGUUGUUAAUGUCUAAAACUAAAGUAACCGGAGCAGACUUACAGCAUCUCUUGCCUUCAUGCUGAAAUCUCAGUUUUUGUUAUGCAUGUGUCGGAGUGGUUUGAAUAAAUGUGUCAAUAAGUG